CUUCGUCGUCUUCGGGGCUAAGCUUGAGCAUAGCCACGUUCGUAGCCCUGCCACAGCCAUUAUGAUGCCCUCGCACCGAGCGAUCAUGUCUCCGUAAUUACACCACGCUGCUUGCAGAGCUGUGAUCAUUCUCCGCCGGAACCCCCGCAACAUUCCCUUUGGGUUGGGUUGGGUUGGGUUGCCACGCAGGGGCGCAGCGAGGGAGCACGGAGACCAAGGACAGACGAUGUGAGCGUGGGGGGGAGGGAGGGCGUAGACGAGUUGUGGGUGUUGCGAAUGGUGAAGCGCAGGUGGAGUUUAAUGGUGAUGGGGAUCAGGAAUUAGAAGCUUGAAGCUUGGGGGUGGAUUGGUGAGUUAUAGAUGAGGUUAGGAGCGGCGCUGGCGAGGUGGUGGAUGGUGAGGUUGGGUGAUUGGGGUGUUUCCGGGGGAAGCGUUGAUUUGGUGAGUAGUUAUGUCUGUCGCUGAUUCAGUGCGAGAGCGCUACGAGGUGUCCAAAGCUGAAGUGCAGAGCCUGCGGGAGCAAUUGCACGAGAAGAGGGCGUCGCUCCUUGACACUGAUGUGGCGACAACUGCGCAAAGUCAGGGAUGUAAGCCGGUGGACAUUAAUAACCUUUAUUUCAAGUGCGUCAGAACUCUUCAAGGACAUACAGGGAAGAUAUAUUCUCUAGACUGGGCGUACCGGGAGACGUCGCGAAUAGUGUCAGCAUCGCAAGAUGGCAGGCUUAUUGUGUGGAACGCCAUUUCAAGUCAGAAGACAUAUUCUUUGAAGUUGGCGUGUGCCUGGGUCAAGGCAGCGGCCAUUUCACCUGGUGGCAACACGGUUGCAUGCGGUGGUCUAGACAAUGUAUGUUCCAUAUUCAACCUCAGCUCUGUCCCUGAUAAGGAGGGCAAUUUGCCCGUGUCAGGCACCCUGGCGGGUCAUACGGGCUACCUCUCGUCCUGUAAAUAUAUGCCAACUCAAGAGAAACACAUUGUGACGAGCUCUGGAGAUCAUACUUGUCGUUUUUGGGAUGUUGAAACCCAGUGUUGCAUUGCUGUUUUUGGAGGUGACAUUCUGACUGGCCAUACUGGGGACGUCAUGAGUGUAUCCGUCAGCUCAAGCAGCCCCCAUGUAUUCAUCUCAGGCUCAUGUGACAAAAGUGCCAAGCUGUGGGAUGUCAGGACGCCAGCCCGAGCGCAACGUACCUUUUAUGGUCACGAAGGUGAUGUAAAUACCGUGAACUUUCUAUCUGAGGGUCGUCACUUCGGAACCGGGAGUGACGACGGUAGCUGUCGACUCUUUGACAUUGGCACUGGACACGAGUUGCAACAAUAUUGGGACAAGCAGGCCCUUGCCCGGGGUCCUGUCAACGUUACUUCAGUAGCGUUUUCUCGUUCAGGGAGACUGCUCUUUGCAGGCUAUUCAAACGGUAAUUGCUAUGUCUGGGACACCUUAUUGGCCAAGGUUGUGGCAAACUUGGGUGGAGGCAGAGAUGAUGGACAUACCAAUCGCGUAAGCUGUCUAGGGUUGGCGGCUGAUGGUGAUGCACUUUGCACAGGAAGCUAUGACGCUACUCUCAAGGUCUGGUCGUGUGCCGGGAAAAAAUCAUAAUACAAUGAAUGUUGAGACGAGCAGCUGCUUGAAGUCGCUUAGAAGGACAUUUCGUAUACUCUCGUCGUUGCGAGUCCUUAAUGAGGCACUAUGAGGUAUAUUUUAUGGACGCGUUAAAUGUGACAUUUAAUGUAUGCAGAGGAUGUAGGUGGUUGCUUGACCAAACGCAAUGUCUGGGCUUUCUAGAAUGUUAACAGAAGCUACCACUGAUGCUUCUGGUCUCUUUAGAUGUAGAGAUAGGGGUAGGUAUUACGUUUGAACAUCUAUCUGACAAACCAGCAUUGAUUCUUUGAUUCUUUGAAGUCACGCUACUUGACAUUUCCUACGUCUUCAGAGGUCCUUUAUGUGCUAUAAUUGUUUGGUGAAUAAGCAAUUAAGUUGAUAGGAUACUUCUUACAAAGGUAGACGAGCUUAGUUAAUUAUUGUAAAUUUUUCCACGUUUACAAAUUAAUGCUUUGACAGAAUCGGGGUGAAAGGAAGUUGCUACUCA